CUCCCUCGAGCUGAAAAAAAAAAAAACACCGCCUCCUUCGGGAGGGUUAGCAAGAGAGCGAGGAGACGGUUAAAAAAGGGGGCGAAACGAGUGUGAACGAUGGCCUCCGCUCAAACUCCAUGGCACCAACCCCCUCCCCCAACCCUAGCCGUAAUCGUAAUUCCCAUCACCAUCAGCGGAAUGCCUCGGCCCGAAAACCUAAUUAGCCUUCCCAUCCCAAUUCCUUGGCGUGGUCUUUGAGAUUUUCAUCUCGGUUUUUUUUUUUGUUCUUUGAGGGUUUGGAGCUAGGGUGAGGGGCUCUUGGAGUAAGAGGGGAUGAUGGAGGGGGCUUCCGGGGGGAACGACGUGGAGCUGGUGUGCAAGACGCUCCAGUUCGAGCACAAGCUCUUCUACUUCGAUCUGAAGGAGAACCCCCGUGGGAGGUACCUCAAGAUCUCCGAGAAGACCUCGGCCGCCAGAUCCACCAUCAUCGUGCCCUUGAACGGCAUCGUCUGGUUCGUUGAUAUCUUUACUUACUACGUUAAUACUGAUGAGCGGAAUGCCUUUAGCAAGGAGCUGAAUCUUGAUACCAAGGUAUUCUAUUUUGACAUUGGAGAGAAUAAAAGAGGGCGCUUUUUGAAGAUUUCAGAAGCUUCUGUUGGCAGAAAUCGUAGUACAAUAAUCGUUCCUGCGGGAAGCUUGGGAGAAGAAGGAUGGGCUGCAUUUAGGAACAUUUUGCUAGAGAUAAAUGAUGAAGCUUCACGGCUUUUCAUUGUACCCAAUCAGCAACAUAUGGAAACUUCGGAGCAUCUUCAAGGGCUUUCAGAUAAUGUGGGUGCUGGAUUUAUUUCAGGCCAUAGUGCCCAAUCAGUUGCAUGGUCUGAUAUGAAUCUUGAUAGAUUAGUUGAGCUGCCCCCGCAGGGUGAAAUUGGAAGCUUGGGGCUAUCAAAAGUAAUCAGAGCUGAUCAGAAACGAUUUUCCUUUGACUUGGGAAGCAACAACAGGGGUCAUUUCCUGAGGAUAUCUGAGGUUGCUGGGGCAGAUCGUUCAUCUAUAAUCCUUCCCUUGUCUGGGUUGAAGCAGUUUUACGAAACAAUCGGCCAUUUUGUGGAAAUAACCAAAGACAGACUUGAAGAAGGAAUAACAGGUCCAAACAUUCGGACGGUAGAGCCUGCGUGAGACGAUCGGAUGAGUUUGGUCAGCUUUUGGUUCUCUAUUCAUUCGCUGGUAUAUUGAUUAAGUGCAUUAUGUAGAACAUGCUCUUGUUAUUUUCUUCCUCAUCCUGUCCGGUGGGUAAUAAUCGCAUUUCUCUACUCGAUGCUAGAGAAUAUCGAGUCUUUUGGAAAGUUUGUAACCCUGGGAAUAAUAGAGGACAUAAUAUCUUGUAACUUGUGCUUCUAGCGGUAAAAAAUGUGUACUUGCGUUGCGGAA